AUGGAUAUUAAAAGAAAGUCCUGCAUUCUAGCAGCUUUCUUCCUUGUAUUUGUUUCAAGGAAAGCCUACUGCCUUCAAGGUGAUAGCGACAAUAGCAAGAAGUCACCCUAUGACGCAGCAAUAACGCAUUACUAUAUGUUGUCUCCAUCAUCUUCAGGACAUGAACGAGCUUUCUGCCAAGCAAGGGGGCUUGCCAAAACAAGACGCUUGUGUGUCCAGAUCAAUGCAAAUAGCAAAUGUGAAGUCACUUGCAAGUUUCGAAGACCAAACUGCGAAGGAUAUGGCUCCCUCUGUUAUGAUCCUCGAUUCGUUGGUGGUGAUGGAGUGAUGUUCUACUUCCAUGGAGCAAAGGGAGGGAACUUUGCUAUUGUCUCUGAUGAUAAUCUCCAAAUUAAUGCACACUUCAUUGGAACUCGACCAGAAGGCAGGACUCGCGAUUUCACCUGGGUGCAAGCCCUCUCCAUCAUGUUUGACACUCAUACACUAGUCAUUGCAGCAAAGAGAGUCUCAAAAUGGGACGAUAACAUCGAUGCUCUCACUGUGAAGUGGGAUGGUCAGACAGUUGAUGACAUUCCUACCGAUGGAGACACCGAAUGGAGAGCCAAUGGCGAAGAAAGAGAGGUUGUGGUGGAACGAACUGAUGAUACUAAUACUGUAAGGGUGCAAGUUGCCAACCUGGUCGAGCUAAAUGUAAGGGUGAGGCCUAUUGGGAAAGAAGAAAACAGAGUACACAACUACCAGCUACCAGAAAACGAUGCCUUUGCUCAUUUGGAAACACAGUUCAAAUUCCUGAACCUAACAGAUCUCGUCGAAGGUGUCUUGGGAAAGACUUACAGGCCCGAUUAUGUUAGCCCUGUCAAGAUCGGGGUUCCUAUGCCAACGAUGGGGGAGAAAACAAGUACCAGACUCCCUCCCUCUCUUCUCCUGUUUGCAAUGUUUGCAGGUUUCAACAACAGUCUGGCACUGCAACCACAUAGGAGUAUCUAA